AGGAAGAAGCACCUCACAUGCUCACUGAUGGAAGAAUAGGUAAAUCCCCAAUGUGGUGCCUUUUCACAGUGAUAUAUUUUAUCCUUAUUCUUGGAAGCACUCAUGGUAUCUUUCGAAAUCAAAAACCUGUGAACCCUGAAGCAAAUACGAAUAUUAGCCAAAUCAUUUCCUACUGGGGCUAUCCCAAUGAAGAAUAUAAUGUUGUAACAGAAGAUGGUUAUAUCCUUGGCCUGUACAGAAUUCCUUAUGGGAAGACAAACGAUAAUAAUGCUUCAGCUCGGAGACUUGUUGUAUAUUUGCAACAUGGUUUACUUACAUCUGCUAGCAGCUGGAUUUCAAAUCUUCCCAACAGCCUGGGUUUCAUUCUGGCAGAUGCUGGCUAUGAUGUGUGGAUGGGGAACAGCAGAGGAAGUACCUGGUCUAGGAAACACCUAUACUUAAAAACAAAUUCCAAAGAGUUUUGGGCUUUCAGUUUUGAUGAGAUGGCUAAAUAUAAUCUUCCAGCUUCCAUUGAUUUCAUUGUGAAACAAACUGGAAAACAGGAAAUAUUUUAUGUAAGCCAUUAGCAGGACACUACUAUUGCUUUCAUAACAUUUUCUACAAUACCAAAGAUAGCUGAAAGGAUAAAAAUAUUUUUUGCCUUAGCACCAGUUUUUUCAGUUAAACACACAAAAUGCCCUCUAAUUAAAAGGGCACACAAAUUAAAGUCAAUAAUCAAGACUUUAUCUGGCCAUGAAGACUUCUUACCUAAAACCUCAUUUAAUGAAUUUGUUGGUUCAAAGUUGUUGUGUCCGUUACCAGUUUUUAAUAAGAUUUGUUUCAGGACCUGGUAUAUGAUAUUUGGAAAUGAUACGAACAAUAUAAAUAUGGCCACUUUAAAUUGUUCUGUCAGGAAAAAAGCAUUUGACAAAAUAACAGCAUCCUUUCAUGUUCACAAUACUUGGAAAACUAGGGACACUGCCACCAUAAUGAACAAAUGUAUAUGUCUUCUUAUUUUUGUUUUUCUUUUUUUUUUUUUGCUUCUGCAUUCUAACCACUUGAAAGUUUAUGACUGGGGCAGUCCUGUUCUGAACUUUCUUCAUUUUAAUCAAACAACUUCUCCAUGGUACAAUGUGACAAAUAUGAAUGUGACAACAACAACUUGGAGUAGUAGAAAUGACUUAUUGGCUGACCUGGAAGAUGUUCACAUUUUUUUCUGAAAUCACAAACCUAUCAAUCAUAAAACUAUUUCUUACUAUAAUCAUAUAGACUUUUUGUAUGGAUUAGAUGCUUAUAAUCAAGUUUACCAUGAAAUCUUUGAUAUUAUCCAAAAAAUCUAUAAAGAACCAUGA